CAGAGAAAUAAAAACUCGGUUGUAGCUUCAGUUUUCGUUCCAGCAAGAGCAUUGUCCAUAWACUGAAAUUUUGGAUAUAAAUUAACUUUGAAUCAUAGAUAUCGUUCAUAAUGUCGAUGAAUACGAGCUACAGGUAUGAGAUCGAAAGACCAGGRGCAAAAAAUUUGCGAAAAGCGCUAGAGAGACAAGAACAAAGAAUUAAGUAUGAUGAAUGGAUGUCAGGAAGAGAUGCAGCCGUCAAAAAUGACAUAAGAGUGAAUCUUAUAGCAGACUGGGCUGAAAAGCUUGAAGAGACAAGUGCAUGUCGAAGUGUUAAACGAUGGCAUGAAGAAACCAAAGAUGAAUUGGCAUUGACAAAUAAAGAGCUGUCUGCCGUGCGCAAAGCUCAACUUCGUAAACUACUAACAGAAGAGAAUAUGAUUUUCCAGCAAGAGCUGAAAAAUAUGGGAAAAGCCUUCUAUAUACAAAGAACUUGAUGUCAUUAAUGUACGUAUUCUCUAAAAUGAGAUUUUGUCAACUAUUAACUUUGUAAUUUCUGUAGAUAUUUAUUAAAUUAUUAAUAUAUAUUUUCA